CCCGUAAAUGCAAUGCCGAGCCAAAUCCCUGAGAAUGCCUUCGAAGGUCAAAUUACGGGCAAUAGCAAAAUGAACUACGGUCGCAAUUCCACAAAUACUUGCAGUAAUUGGGUAAUUAAGACCGUAAUUCCCCUCAUUAGAGUUAAGUGAAACGCGCGUUUUGGGUGAAAUACGGGCAGACCAUGUUUACGACCGUAAUUCAGCCCGUAUUUCGCCCAGAAUCAGGUUUUUGAGGCAGAUUCGAGCCAAAGGAGAGAGGGUCGACUUUUUGGAGCAAAAACAGAGUUUUAGAGAGAGAAAGUGCGAAGAACAAACCCUAGGAGCUAUUUGGAGUGGAUUUCUCACCAUUGAAACCCAGAUUGCAUCCUCAUGAGUGAAGGUCGUCAUCCCAGACUAGAUUAUCCUCAUCUUUAUGAGUAUGACUACUCUGAUUUCUGUUUUCCUCUCUCUCUAUGGAGUAGAACUCUCUCUCACAUGGGUAUGAAGAACCCUAGUUCCAUGUAUUAGGGAUCUUGAUUGUAAUGACUUGGGAUUGAUAUACUGAUUGAUUUUAAUCGAUAGAUGCAUGAUUCAUUGAGUCAAUUGAAGCCUGAUCAUCUUUUCUUGAUUUUUGCUACAACCUGAGAUAGAUAGAAUCUGAUUAGGUUGUUAGAGCUUCAUCAAUCGGUAGUGGUAGAUUGGUUAUACGAGAGUUAAUCGAUUUACUGCUUUGUACUGGAAUCUAAUUCAAGUAGUGGAGUUCUACGUUUAUUGCCUCAGUAGUCUAUCCAGGUGAAGGCUAGUCGCCUGACGGUUAGUCUGCCUGAAAGGGCUUGGUCAGCUUAAGAGAUUCCAAGCUACUGUCGGAUCUCCUGCAGUUUAAUCAACAGUUAAUCAACCCAGGGUAAUUACAACCUUGACCUAACUAAGGAGCUAGGGGGACUCAAUCUCGAGUGACUCUUCCCUUGCUAAAGAACUUUGAACCAUUUCCUGCUUUAUUACUGCUUUUAGUUAAAAUCACUAUCACUCAACUUAGUUUGCUAGAUAAUAGAUAAUCACGGAGUAGGCGGUAGAUCUAGACCCCGGGUUGACAAAUAGAGCUGGUCACUUACUGCAUUUCCGGACUGCGAUUACACUUGGUUGCAGUUUGGUGUUGUGUUUUAGCGUGUUAGAUGCCUAAAGUUGUUCGUGAAGUUGGUGCGGCUCGUUGGAAGCACAGCCUAGUGGGCCAAUUCCUUCAAGAUCCACCUCCGUUGUAUGUUCUGCGUUGCUGGGUGAACAAACUUUGGGGUCGCGACGGACUGCUUAGGGUUUCUCUACUAUACGAUAAGAUGCUGUUAAUUCAACUGCCUAAUCAGAGGGUAUGUGAGUGGAUUCUUGAAAAUGGUCCAUGGUUUUGGUUUAACAACUUACUCUAUCUUCGUCCUUGGGUUCCUAGUAUUAGCUUUGAGGAUUUGGGAAGAAAAGCUUUGCCGAUUUGGGUAAACCUAGCGAAUGUUCCCUAGAGUAUAGCGAUUUCCAGGGGCUGAGCAGAAUUGCGAGUUGGAUUGGGGUUCCGCUGGGUAUGGAUCAUACUACUAGGAUGGGGGAUAGACAUGGGUUUGCUAAGGUUCUGGUGGAGCUUACAGUUGAGAGUGAAUGUCUGGAUCACGUUCUUUUGUGGCCUGAUGAAGACUCUUCCAUUCGUAUUGGGAUCACCUAUUGUAACUUGCCCCCUAUAUGUCUUGUAUGCCAACUAUUUGGGAUUACAGGUACAUGUGCUGAACAUCAAGGGAAGCAAUGGGUGGCUAAGCCAAUGCACAGCGAGAAGGGGAUUACAAUUCAGGGGCAAGAGAAUGGAAAUGAUUCUGUGACUCGGAAGGUGAAUUUGGAUCAACAGGUGACAAGUGGUAAAGGCAAGGAGGUGGUGAUAUAUGAUGACGACCCUUAAUUACAAGCCAUCUUUACUACUCCAAUUUCGAUGGAAGGGGGCAAAGUGGCUCCACAAAACUUGGAUAAAUCUUUCCAAGAGGUGGCUACUUCCUCUUCGCCCAAAUUAUCCUCUGAAGAUGAAUUUCAAAGGGUGGUCAAUGGAGCUAAACCUCGUGUCUGGCUAUCUACGGACAGUGCUAAGGGCAUUCAAGUAUCUAACUCAUCCUUCAGUGUAUUGGGGAAACUGGUGAUAGGGAAGCAGGUAAGAUGCAAGAUGCUCCAAAGAAGAAGGAGGUAAAGAAAGAUAUGAAGAAGGGUGGGGGGAAACCCCCAACUUCGAGAUGAUUGUUUUGUUCUGGAAUGUAAGGGGGGUUUAAUAAAACCUCCAAGCAGAGGGACUUGAUGCAAGUAUUCCGUAGGAAAAAGGUUGAUAUAGUUGCAAUUCUAGAAACUAGGGUUCAGGCUAAUAAAGCUGAGGAGGCAGUAGAGGAGGUUUUUGAUUCGAAGCUGGGGCGGGUCUAGCUAUUUUGGGACCCUGCCAUUAAGCUUCAUGUGAUUCAACCAAGGAAAAAUUUUGUUCACUGCUUGGUUGAAGACAUUAACAAGGAUGCCUUCUUCCUAAUUGUUGUAUAUGCGUCUAACGAUGAAGAGGAGAGGUUACAUACCUACAAGGAGAUUGCACAGUUGAAGGUGAUUGGUCAUCCUUGGAUCGUGGGUGGUGACUUCAACAUAGUGAGAUCCCCUCAGGAGACAUCUAAUCAGCGUGUUGUUACUUCAAAUAUGGAAAGCUUUAAUCAAUGGAUUGGUGAGAUGGAGUUGGUAGAUUAUAGAAUAACAGGACCUCAAUUCACAUGGACUAACAGGCAGGCUCAUCGUCCUAUUGCUAGGCGGCUAGACAGGUGUCUGGUUAAUGUGGAAUGGAUUGAGCAUUUCAAAGACUGUGCUAUAAAGGCUCUCCCUGCACUGUUCUCUGAUCACUGUGGGAUACAGGUUUGUACAACGGCCCCCGUAAAGUCUCUGCCCAAACCUUUUAAAUAGUUUGAUUUUUGGGCAGAGCACCCACUCUUUAUGGAUAUUGUAAAAGAAGCUUGGAGUCUUGGGGUUUCAGGGAACCCCUUGCAAGUCAUUCAAAGUAAAAUGUGUAGGGUAAAGCCGUCUCUAAAGAAGUUUAACAAAGAGGUCUAUGGUAA